AUGGUCUGUUGUAACGACCUCUUUCUCAUCAUGGUCGUGAAGACGUUGCAGGUGCAAUUCCAAAUACAGAACUUCUUGCUGCUCUUGUCCUUCGGCAGCGCACUGCCUUUUACGUAUUCAGUAUACAAGCUCUGGUUCUUCAUCCCGUGUCCGCCGAUGGCGUCGGUGGUGUCGAACUUGUCGCUCGGGUUUGCAUUCUGCUUCUUCUUCGCCCUGGGCUUCGGCACCUUUGGGGCGGCAGAGGGCGCCUUCUGGAGGAUCCGGUGA